AUGGCGGACGCAUUGAUUGGCCCAAUUCCAUACAUGCUCUUUCUGGACUCCUUUCAUCCUGUCUCCUCAGCUCGCCCGCCUUUACCCAAGCUUUUGUUCACGGUCUCGCUACCCCACGAAGAUCAUAUCAAGGGAGGACAAGACUCCGGAUACUAUCGUGGAAAGGAUACUAUUUCGGAUGUCUGCCGUGCUAUCAACACGAGUCAGGUCUGCUCCUCCAUUGAGUUCCUCAGUACCGAGAACAUUUGUCUCAAUAUGGAGGACGGGAGCCUCGCCGUGAGCGAUUGUGGAACGAAGUUCAAUGUCGGCGCCAGCGGUAUGACCAAACUAUCGAAUACGGGCGUCAGGAAGGACGGUCAAUCUGCUCUCGCUUUUGCGCCAGACUGGGAGCGUAUGCGAGUCACAAUACAGUUCAAGCUUGAAGAGGAGGAUAUCAUCUUUGAUCGAGAGUCAGAUGAGGGUGGAGCUUGGCAGUCGAAAGGAUCCCUUACUCCCGACCAGUUAACAAGCGACGUUCGCCACCAGUUCAGCCGUCAGUGCCGCACAUCUGUCACGUCGAUCUUGAUCCUCGAGCGCUGGGCGCGCCUUAUCCGUCACGACCACGCUGGCACCGUAGUAUCUGGGCGCUUCGAUUGGCGCGCUAACGACGGCGCGCUACUGGCUGAAUUCCUCUCUCGCCUGGAAUACGGCUCGCCUCAGCAGGAAGGUGUUGACGACUCCGUCGGAGACUUGUCAGUUUUUGGCGGGAAUGGUUCCACAGUUGUUCAGGAGGCGCGCAAGGCAAUGCAAGAGUUCACCGCUGGCAUGAUUGCUGUGCCGCUUGCCGACGACGCUCCGUUGCGAUCUGUCGAGUGCUGGGACGACAGCGAGCUCGAUAGCAAUGGACUGCCGAGGUCGCGAACCCUGAUUGCUACCAAGCCUUUAGCAUUGAACCUAUCAGUUGUCAGUCGUUACACCGUCAGCUUCAUCGGCUACGAUGUCGAGAAGCGCUGCGCGUACUGGAUCAAGGACUCGUGGCCGAUCAACGAUCCCGAGUUCACGAAGGAGGGAGAGAUAUACAAACGACUGAAGGACGCGGGUGUACCACAUCUUGCCGAGGUUGAAUGUGCCGGCGAAGUACGCUGGAAGGCGGACAAUGCUGUGCAAAGGACGCGCACGAACGAGUUCAGCAAUGCCACAGGCGGGACCGUGCAUCCGCUCUCCCACUAUCGCAUUCUCUUCAAGGACAUCGGACGUCCGGUCUACAGGUUCGAAUCUACCAAGCAAAUGGUCACUGCUCUUUCGCACGCCAUCAAAGCUCACUCAGUUGCGUACGAGAAGGCACACAUGCUUCAUAGAGACAUCUCUCCUGGUAACAUCUUGAUCAAACGGAACGGAGACGGCAUGCUUAUCGACUGGGAUCUCUCCCUAUACAUCGAUUCUCGGAAGGACGCGGCUAGUCGCGGGCCUCGCAUGCUGUGGAGAACCGGAACUUGGGCGUUCGCAUCUGUAAUGCUCCUCUCGAGGCCCUUUGAGCGGGCGCACUCGCUCAGCGAUGAUCUUGAGUCCUUUUUCUGGGUCCUCCUCUUCCUUGUACUUCGCUAUCGGUACAGCCCUGUCCAGCGGACCAGCAUGCAGAGCGACGUCGACUUCCAGUCGUACAUGCUUGAACUCUUCGAGUCCAAAACGAUCGGGUCCGACGGCAUCACACUUGGUGGAAGACAAAAACGGAAUUUCCUCGCGGACCUAUACGAUGAACCCUCAGAUGCUGAUAUCAUGCUGAUGAAGGAUGCGUUGAACAAGUUCAUUCCUCGUCCUCUCAGCGGGUUGAUCAUCACUCUGCGCAAAGAGUUGAACAAUCUUUACGAGGCAUUGCACGCUUAUAGGAAAGCUAUGAAUCGCGCAGCCAUAGCUGCAAAACUUGCUGCAGCCGAUGCUGAUGAAGAAACUGACGAUGACGACGGUGAAACACUUCCUCGGCCAGCACGACUCCAACCUACGCCAUCAUCCUCGUUGCCGCCAGUAUCGGCUCCAGCGCGGCCCACCCUCUUCGACGCACAUCAGUUCAUUCUCGCGCGCUUCGAUGAGGCCUUAUCAGCCAAAUGGCCUCGCCGCGGUUUAUCUGACUCGUCCGUCGACCGCAUUCCUUCCAUGUACCUCCCUGUACAACAAAAGCUCUCAAGUGCUCCGAGGAAGGAUGCGCCGGCUCCUGUCACACUCAGUGAUGACCCCGUGAGGAGGCGUGUGUAUGAUCUGUCCCACCAGGUGUUCAUGCGCCAUCCGGAUCAGGUAGCGGAGUAUGCGAGAGAGCGCGCUGGCGGCGACUACAUAACCAUUUCCUUAUCUGGAACGCAGUUGCCUCGCGGGCAGAAGCGGAAGCGGGAGAGUACACUGGAGUCGAUUCCCGAGGAGCGGGAGCCCAAGAUGCCCAAGUACGGCGUGCAGGCGAUCACUCUAAGGCGUCAAGAUGCUGGCCCACCUAACGAGGUCCUCAUCCGAAACUCCAAAGAUGGAUUCAUCAAAGACGCACAUGGAUUCGCGACGGCUACCGAGGCUUGGAGUGCACCACCGCUGCGUGGAUUAUGA